ACAAUGUGUGCACCGUUCCUAAAAUAGCGCAAGCAAAGUGUUUUCAAUUUCGCAAAGAGCACUGCGGUGUUUAGCUCCGUCUCUGUGUGUUUCGCAGUCCUACGUUUAGCUCAACCCGCACGAUAUAUGCGCCACCUUCGAAAACAGCCAGAACAACGAACGUCUCAGAAAUUUGCCUGAACGUCGGCUCGUCUGCUUGGUGUGCUCGAAAGGUUUUGGAGCUGAGGGACAUGGCCGGACCCGGCAGUGUCCGUAUGGUGGCUAAACCGCCGACGCCAAGUUUCUUCUGGUACACGGUGAUACCGCUCGUCCUGAUGCUGAGCACGCCUAUCACACUAAUGUGCGCCAUCUCCUUCGUGAUCACUCACAAGUCGUCUCCCUCCCUCGCCCUCGGCUCAGGAUUCGGACAAUUUGUUUACAGCGCAUGCACUGACCAAGGCUUCGGUACGUUAGAGGCUUGGGCAUUCGCGGUCACCUUCACGCUCUACAGCGCCCUCUCGAUCCAGCUACUGGCCGGCAAGGCGUACCACGGCCCACCGACGUCCUCGGGGUUCAGGCCGGUCUACCGAAACUCGGGAUUCACGUACUACGUCCUGUCAAUGUUAAUCGCCGGCUACUUCCUGAUCGAGAAAGACUUGCCGGGAUACCGAAUCUACAGGGGCAUACCAUCUUUGGUUGUGGUGCUGACGAUCGAGGGUGUUAUCGUUUCGGUGCUCCUUUACGUGAAAGGAUUGACGAGUCCCUCUCCAGGAGAACACGGUGCCUCCGGCAGCGCCGUGUUCGAUUUCUACUGGGGACUCGAGCUGUACCCUCGCAUAGGCAAGAAGUUCGACGUCAAGCUGUGGACGAACAGCCGAUUCGGGAUGAUGUUGUGGCAACUUCUCGUGCUGGUCAGCUGGAAGGCUCAGGUGGAGACCACGGGCUGGAAUUGGGCGAUGGCAGUGAUGUCUUCCUGCAGACUGCGCAUGCGGCGAAGUUCUUCUGGCGAGAGGAGUCUUACAUGCAGUUCACGGACGUCUUAUCACUUCUCUUACGCAGGAUACCACUUAUCUUGGGGCUUUAUCGCCUUCAUGGGCCCGAUAUACGCAAUUCCGAACUUCUACAUGGUGGAGCACUGCCCAGACAUGAGCUUGGUCCUGGCAAUUUUCAUAACGGCCCUGGGACUGGUUCUGAGCCUGUUGACCAACUGGUGCAACCGCCAGAAACAGCUGGUCAGGGAUGGGCAGGGCAAUUGCUCCACCUUGCGUUCUCCAGCGAUGGUAAUCAGGGCAACGUACCAGGACAGCACUGGCAAAGAAAAGACCGAUCUGCUGCUGCUGUCAGGAUUUUGGUCGUUUUGUCGUCGACCCGACUACGUUCUCGAGAUCCUCACUCACUUGUGCUGGGUGCUGCCAGCGGGAGGACAAAGCGUGGUACCAUAUUUGUGCACCAUCUUUCACGCGUGCCUGCUGGUGCACACGACGUACCGGUUCGAGAAACUGUGCGCGGAGAAAUACGGCGAGCACUGGAAGAAAUAUUGCUCGGUCGUCAAGUACAGAAUGAUACCUUACAUAUACUAAACUAUCAAUGCUUAUGAAAUGUUGGUUUAUGUUUUUGAUUUACGCCUGAUUUCAUGAAAGUAGUAGUGGAACGUUUUUUUCAAGUUCGUCCAUGUUUUAAUAUAGCGGCUGCUAUCUUUCUUUCCUUGCUAUUUUAAUCAUUUGCAAAAGCAAUGUGUUGCUGCUUGUUAUACACACUGUGUUCUAUCCGCAAUAUUUCCUUUGUGUUUAAAGUUUGACACUUUUGUGUCUAUACUUUGAGUUUCUAUCCUUUAUGUAGAGUAUUGUCAACCUCCCCGUAUGCCCACCAUCUUUUACCAUUAAUAUUUCUGUUGCGGUCAAGAUUUGACACCAGUUUCUUGUUUUCUCUGCGUUGUUACAUGCUUUUAAAUGGCAAAUAAUCGGGCCCCCUGGAUGGCCUUAUUCUCCUCGCUCAUCAUACGUGUAUGUAUGCUUUAUGCAUCCGGCAUCUAAUUAAUUUUGUAAUUAUCACACGUCAAACUUCAUUGCUAGGGUGCAAAAAAUGCUUAUGGUCAAUUUUCACGGGUUAAAUGAGCAUUGUACGUUGUAUCCAGACAAAAGAAACUGGAAGGAAUACGCCGAGAGAACGAGCUCUAUAUCAAGGAU